CAGGUGCAAUAAUCACUUCCGGUCUGUAAGAAUUUAGCAGAAAGAUUGAAAUUCGUUCGAUUUUCCUGAUUGAAUUUGAAGUUAGUUGUUCAAUUCCUGGUAGAUCUACAUUUGUUUUUGAAAAGUAAAUUCUGAAAGGAUGGCUGAAACAAUGGACACAGAGGGGUGUGAGCAGGUGGAUAGUAACAGUAUGUAUGGAACACUUGCAGCUUUUAACAUUGAUAAAAAAAUUGGAAAGGGGCAGUUUUCAGAAGUUUACAGAGUGAUAUGUAAAGCUACGGGAAAUGUUCUGGCCCUAAAGAAAGUGCAGAUAUUUGAAAUGAUGGAUGCAAAGGCCAGGCAGGAUUGUAAGAAGGAAAUUGAUCUCUUAAAGCAAUUGAACCAUCCAAAUGUUAUCAAGUACCUUGAAUCAUUCAUUGAAGAUAAUGAGUUAAACAUUGUGCUGGAAUUAGCUGAUGCUGGUGAUCUCUCCAGAAUGAUUAAACAUUUUAAGAGGCAGAAUAGAUUGAUUCCGGAGAAAACAAUUUGGAAAUAUUUCAUUCAGAUAUGUAGUGCCCUAAAUCACAUGCACUCUCGACGUAUCAUGCACAGAGACAUUAAACCGGCCAACGUGUUUAUCACAGCUCAGGGUGUUGUAAAACUGGGAGAUCUCGGUCUUGGGAGAUUUUUCAGCUCUAAAACAACAGCUGCUCAUUCAUUAGUGGGUACACCAUACUACAUGUCACCAGAAAGAAUACAUGAGAAUGGUUAUAAUUUCAAGUCUGAUAUAUGGUCACUGGGUUGUCUUCUAUAUGAGAUGGCAGCUUUACAAUCUCCAUUCUAUGGUGACAAGAUGAAUCUAUACUCUCUGUGUAAGAAGAUAGACAAAUGUGAUUACCCACCUCUACCCUCUGAUGUCUACUCUGAACAGGUAAGUUCCCUUACAAUGAAUGCUAAAUG